AAAGCAAUGGCCAUGUAUAUGUGGAUUCAGAAGUUGAAGCCGUUCAUUCUCGUGGUAUUCUUGCAACUCGGGCUGGCUGAGAUGGACAUCAUUUGCAAGGCUGCCUUGAAUGAGGGCACGAGCAAUUAUGUGCUCGUCGUCUACCGACACGCUGUUGCCACAAUCGUCAUCACGCCUUUCGCCAUCAUCCUCAACAGGACAACAAGGCCGAAGAUGACACUCCCCAUCUUCAUCAGACUGAUGGUGCUUGGCUUAUUGGAGCCAGUCAUUGACCAGAAUUUAUACUAUUUAGGGAUGAAGCACACAACCGCGACAUUCGGAGCUGCCAUGGCCAACAUUCUUCCAGCCAUCACCUUCGUCAUGGCUUGCAUCAUGCGACUUGAGAAGGUGAAAAUGAGGAGCAUUUGGAGCCAAGCUAAGGUUUUUGGGACAUUUGCAACAGUCACUGGAGCCAUGAUCAUGACACUAGUCAAAGGCCCGGUUCUCCAACUAUUUCGGACACGAGGAGGAGGGACAACCAGCAACAACAUUCAAAACGGGAGUGAUAGUAGUGGGAUCAGCCUCCAGAAUUCCAUCAAGGGUUCUCUCAUGAUUGCAAUUGGAAUGUUCUGUCAAGCUUGCUUCGUGAUUCUCCAAGCAACAACACUAAAAAAAUAUCCUACCGAGAUCUCUCUCACGGCUUGGAUAUGCUUCUUGGGGACUGUUGAGGGUGCCGUCGUGGCUCUAGUCAUGGAAAGAGCAAACACUACCGUUUGGUCCAUACAUUGGGAUGCCAAAUUACUUGCGGCUGUCUACAGUGUAAGAAUUUGCAACUUCAUGAUUAUUUAA